AUGCAAAAUCAAACUCAGCAGUCGGCCUCUUCUGGCGUGACCAUUGUCAAUGGAGCUCCCACUGCUUCGGCUGCUCCCUCCGGCGAUCACUCUCGCAAGCCAUCUGUGACCAUCACCUCGAGCGGUACUUCCGGUUACAUGCCCAACGGUGGUGGCCCGGCCAGUCGGCCCAACAGUCUUCAGUUCGGUUUCCAGCAGAGUUCUCCCAACAUGGGUGCUCCCGCUGUACCUGCCUCUAACCAGGCCCAGGCUGGACUUGGUGCCCCUUCGACAAACCCCCGGGUGACUUCUCCUCAGACUUCUCCUUCGCCUAUUCCCCAGCCCGCCUCCAGCGGCGGUCGCCCACCUCCAUCGACUUACCAGGCGCAAGGAAAUGUGCCGAACUUCGGUAGCUUCGGAGAAUCUGCUGAUGCCAACGCUUCUCUUGCACACGGCGCUCAGCAUUUGCGUCGCGAGUCCUCCCAAUCCACCCACAGCGAUAUGAGCAACCACAUGGGCAACGGCCCCGGACGUUCAAACUACCAGGGUGGUCGCGGUCGCGGAUACUCCCAGCCUGGUUACCAGGGACAGCAGAUGCCAUACUCUCCUAACCCCGGUUUCCGCCAGACCCCCAACCAACCGCGAGGCGGUCCUAACAUGGGCCCCCAGUUUCACGGCUCGAACCAGGGUCGUCCUUUGGCUCCCUACCCUAACUCGCCUCAUCAAGCCAACCGCAGCCCUGCCCUGGCCAACGUUAACCCUACCACUCCCCAGAUGAACCAGGUCCCGAUGGCACACCCCCAGAUGCCUCAGCAACCCUACGGUUACGGUCAACAUAUGGGCCCUCAAGCUGUGAGAUCCCCCCUUCUCGUACUUUCCAGGAUCCCUGGCGUCGGCCCCAAAGAAACCUUAGCAGCUCUUGGAGGCGCAAAGACGACACUCCAUGCUCUCCCGAGUAUCCCGUGGAUCUUGCGCCUGAAAUCAUUCCCCAACGCCUACGAUCCCAACUACUCUGGUUAUUACAACCCGAACGGGGGUUACUACAUGGGCCCGCCGUCUCCCCAGCCUCGUACUGCUGGCAUGCCCUACAACCCUCAGUACAUGGGACAGCAAUUCCCUAACCCCAUGCCUCAGGCGACACCGCUUUCGCGUACUCCCUCCCAGGUAUCUACUGAUCGUCCAGGUUCGAGCCUUGGCCAAGGACCAGCACCCACUGGUCCUGCUGUCCCCGGUCACACCCACACUGGCAGCCGCGCAUCCAACAGCCCCGCUCCCAAGCCUCACUUCAUCAUCCCCUCAGCCAAGAAGAGUCCAAUCAUCAUCAAGGACCCUAACAGUGGCUCGGUCAAGACCUUCGAAAAGAACCCCGCAUCCCCUGCUCGCGCCACUCCUUCGCCCGUCAAGUUUACUCCUCCUCCCACAUCCACUCCUCCCCCUCGCACUGCCAGCGCGUCUGAGCACACUCGUACCGAGAGCAAGUCGAAUGCCACGAAGACCGACGAGGAGAAGAAGCAGGAACUGAAGGAUGCUGUUCGCCUGAAGAUCCAGCAGGACGAGGCUGCUCAGAAGCAGCGUCUGGCCGACGAGGCCUCUCGCAAGACCACUGAAGCUGCGUCGACCGAUGCCAAAAAGGACGAUACUGAGUCUGCCCGGGCUGCCGUUGAGGACCUUAGUAUCAAGGAUAAGGCCGCUCCUGUAGAGGAGCCCAAGAAGGUGGUUGCUGCUGAAGAAUCGAAAGAGGUUGCUGCCCCUGCUGAAGAGCCCAAGAAGGCUGCUGCUCCUGCUCCCGCUCCCGCUCCCGCUCCCGCGGAUGACGAUGAGAUCGACUUUGAUGCGAUCGAGCGUGAAAUGGCCGAGAUUGAAGCCAAGGAGCGUGCCGCCGAGGAAGACUACAACCGCGCCAAGCAAGCUAAGAAGGAAGAAGCUGCACGCAAGGAGCGCGAGGAACUUGAGAACUACGAGGCCAACAUGAAGAAGGCUGAGGCUGAGGCCGAAGCCCGCGAGAUUGCCCGCGAGAACGCCGCUCGUGUCGGAGGCGGCGAGGCCGCCCAGGACGACAGCAAGGAUGCGUUUGCUUCGCUCAAGAAGGGUGGAUACGGUGCCACCGAGUCUUCCACCCCUGGCGACAGCGGUGCUGCUACUCCUGUUUCAUCUGACAUGGGCCCACCAGCCAAGCCUGCCAGCGCCAUUCCCAAGAAGCCCGCUGGCCUCAAGCUCGAUACCCCCAAGCCCACCGAGCCCCUGCAAGCAACCGCAGGCAUGAAGUCUUUGCAGAAUGCCAAGUUCUUGGAAGACCUCAGCAAGGUCACUUACCCUUCGUCCAUCACUCCUCCCAGUGCCGAGAUGAACGCCGCUGCGCCCGAAGGCCGCAAGUUCCACUACGACCGGGACUUCCUGCUGCAAUUCCAGGCCGCAUUCAAGGACAAGAUCUCCGUCGACUGGGACCUCCGUCUGCGGGACACAGUUGGUGAUGCCACCGAUUCUUCCCGUCCUCAGUCUGCCCGCACUCCUAGCAUGGGUAGCCGUGCUGGCUCUCGCAGCGGCACUAUGGGUCCAGGAGGACCCUUCCCCGCCAUGGGCAGCUUCAACAGACCUGGUCAGAUGCCCCCUAUGGGCAGCGGAGCGAUGGGCAGCCGCAAUGCUUCCUUCCAAUUCGGACGGGGUGGCCCUGGUGGCAUGGGUCCUAUUGGCAAUAUUCGCCAAAACUCUGCCGGUGUUCCUCCUCGUGGCAGCUCGAGCAAGGGUCCUCGCACCGACAGCCGGCCGAAGAAGCACGGUGGCCGAGGGGACGAGGCGCAAAACAAGUCGAUGCCUCUUACUGCCGGCAUGGAUCUGAAGGCAAUUCAAACCACCUCAAGUGGCUGGAAGCCUCGCAGUGUUGGCCAAAGUGGUGCUGGUCCCGCCCCCGGUGGUGAUGCUGGCUACUUGGCACCGGAUGUCGUGCAGCGCAAGGUCAAGGCUGCUCUUAACAAGAUGACACCGGAGAACUUCGACCGUAUCUCUGGUCAGAUCCUCGCGAUUGUCUCCCAGUCCAAGGAUGAGACCGACGGUCGUACUCUGCGCCAGGUCAUCCAACUCACAUUCGAGAAGGCUACUGAUGAGGCUCACUGGGCCCCUAUGUACGCCAAGUUCUGUAAGAGCAUGCUGGAGAGCAUGAGCCCAGAAAUUAAGGAUGAGAACAUUCGUGACCGAAAUGGCACCGUUGUUGCUGGUGGAAGUUUGUUCCGCAAGUACCUGCUCAACCGCUGCCAAGAAGAGUUCGAGCGUGGCUGGAAAACUAACCUGCCUGCUAAGCCCGAGGGCACUACUGAAGAGAUUGCAAUGAUGUCUGACGAAUACUACAUCGCUGCCGCCGCUAAGCGUCGUGGUCUUGGUCUCGUCAAGUUCAUUGGUGAACUGUACAAGCUUGGCAUGCUUACAGAGCGUAUCAUGCACGAGUGUGUUAAGAAGCUUGUGGACUACGAGGGUAUCCCCGAUGAGGCCGAGGUCGAGAGUUUGACCAGUCUGCUGCGCACCAUUGGUGCCAGUCUCGAUGCCUCUGAGAAGGGACCUGCCAUGAUGGACGCCUACUUUGCUCGCAUCCACCUGAUGGUUGAGACACCCAACUUGCCCAGCCGUCUCCGUUUCAUGCUUCUGGAUAUUAUCGAUUUGCGUUCCGCACGCUGGAACUCCAAGGAUGCCGAUAAGGGUCCUCAGACCAUCGUUGAGAUUCGCGAGGCUCUGAAGCCGAGCGCCAGCGCCAGUCCAGCAACCGUGGAGGCGGUGGCCGCAUCCCCAUGGGUCGCGGUGACGCCCGCGGCUUCGGAUACGGAAACCAGGCUCCUCCCCCCCGAUUACGCCUCUAGCAAGGUUGGCAGUGACGAUCUCCGCCGCCUGCGUGCGACUCGCAACACCAACCAGCCCAUGUCAUUCGGUCCUUCGAGCCUUCUCGGCUCGCGCACCAACAGCGGUCGCAAGAACCUCGGUCCCGGUGGUAGCCUAGUCCGUGGAAGCGACGACAGCGCCGCCAGCAGCCGCACUGGCACUCCUACCGGCAGCAAGAAGGAAGACAACUCUUCCAUGAAUGCUUUCAGUGCGCUGGCUGCCCUUGAAGAUCGGGAUAACAUGGCUACCUCGCCACCGUCAAACCCCACUUCCCCGAUGCUCACCAAGUCGCAGCCCGCGGCCGCGGAGCGUCGUCCCUCAAAAACCCCAUCUGUCAAGGACGGCGAACCCACAGCAUAG